AUGGCCACCGUCACCUCUGCAGCUGUUGCCAUCCCGUCAUUCACUGGUCUUAAGGCUGCCAGUACCACCACCACAGCCAAAGUUAAUGCAGGUGCCAAGGUUACGGCUUCUUCAGUCCCAAAGCUCGCCAUCAAGGCUUCAAUGAAGGACGUGGGUGUUGCUGUUGUAGCUACUGCAGCAAGUGCAAUGCUCGCUAGCAAUGCCAUGGCCCUUGAGAUCUUGCUUGGAGCUGAUGAUGGGUCACUGGCUUUUGUUCCCAAAAAUUUCUCUGUAGCUUCCGGGGAAGAGAUUGUGUUCAAAAACAAUGCUGGCUUCCCACACAACGUCGUUUUCGACGAGGACGAAAUUCCAAGUGGGGUAGAUGCGUCUGCAAUCUCCAUGCCGGAAGAAGAACUCCUGAAUGCCGCUGGAGAGACAUAUAAAGUUACAUUGAAGGAAAAAGGCAGUUACGCUUUCUACUGUGCCCCUCACCGGGGAGCUGGCAUGUCCGGAAAUGUCACCGUUAACUAAACUCCACCGUAGGGUCCGGUUAUAUCAUCCCGUAUUCCUCUUGUUUCCGAGGUAGAAGAGUUCAUAAAUCUUGCAUGGUGUGAACCCAACUUGUAAUAUCCUUGUAAUUUCGCUUUUAUAAUUUGACAUUUGUAUUUUGUAUUGGCCAA